AUGCGAAAAACCGUCUUGCCUUCACUGCUCUCCAUAAAAGCGCAGCUCGAACCUACGGUGAGGCUUCAAACCUCUCUCUCCAUACAUUCCAGACUCUCAGCGUCUCAAUACAAAUCCUUACUCGGUGCUUAG